CUGAUAUGCAUAUCUGCAGAUGAGAUUCGAACAGGCGCGUAUAAAACACUGUUCCAUCCGGAACUACUCAUCACUGGAAAAGAAGACGCCGCAAACAAUUACGCUCGAGGCCAUUAUACCAUUGGAAAGGAAAUUAUCGAUGUUUGCAUGGAUCGCAUCAGACGUCUGAGUGAAUCGUGCAGUGGCCUUCAAGGAUUUUUAAUUUUCCAUUCAUUCGGAGGAGGCACAGGAAGCGGAUUUUCCGCUUUGCUUAUGGAAGAUUUGACAAUCGAAUAUGGCAAGAAGUCCAAACUGGAGUUCAGCGUUUAUCCAGCUCCUCGCAUCAGUACGGCUGUAGUUGAGCCUUAUAACUCGAUUUUGACCACACACAUUACGCUUGAACAAUCUGAUUGCUCAUUUAUGGUGGAUAAUGAAGCUAUUUAUGAGAUAUGUCGAAAAAAUCUCUCGAUUACACGGUGA